AUAUUUAGUGUACACCAGUGUGGCAUGUUACAUCUAAAUGUAAGGACUCGAACAUAAAAACACGUCUUUAACUGUUUCUCUAGAAAGCCACACGCGUUAUGGACACAUGAACAUUAUUUAACAGGAUAUUUUUAUUUUUUAAAUGUUUUACUCCGGCACAUCUGCGGUCCAGGCGCUGUGACGUCACAGCGGGUCCUUCUUGCUCUUUAAGACACGUGACGCGGAACAGCGGCAGCGCUGCAUACGAAACUGCUGAAGUGAAAAGCGAACUAUGUCUUCAACUUGGCUCCGCUUUGCGCUUUGUUGUUUAGUACCAUUAAAACUGACCAGGGGGGAAGUUUAACGCCGCAGAGAGGAACCGUUAAUGGACGCGAACUGAAAACUAGCAAACGAGCUAAGUAGCAUUUAGCUUCAUUCUGCAGCCAUGACGCUGAAGAUGAACCAAGAUACAGCACGUCUUCAAGGUGCGUUCCUCCUGGCUGAUAAACUGUGUGUCCCCUCGUCCUUGUCCUCCCUCCAGAAGGCCGACUGGAGCAGGGUGGGACGUCCCGUCCUGGAGGCGCUCAGAGAAAUCUGUGGAGGGGAGGAACUCUGUGGUCGUCCCACUGCAUCGGCCGUCGUCUGGUUGAAGACAUUGGUCAGUUCCGUGUGGCUGAAGGUGCUUUGCGGCGAGACCGGGGAGGACGUGGAGACGGCCUGGAGGGAGAACCCUUUCUUCCCCCUCCAGAACGGGCUCCCGGAGGUCAACCGCGUCGUCCUGCUGGAGGUGGUGAAGUCGACGGCGACCGCUCGGAUAUUCGCACAUUUCCUCUCGUCCCUUCCUCACUCUCAGAUCUGCACCGAGCUCGAGCGCCUAGUGCGACACGUGAGGAGCGACCCCACCGGCGAAGAGGACGUCGCGCUCUUCCUGGAGGUGUGGUGGGAGCUGUGGAAAGGCGGAGACGAGCGGGAGGCCGGAGCGGAGGACACCGCAGAGACGAUGUUCGCCGGACAGUUUGCUCGUCUCUUGGCUGAGUCCUCCAGCGCGUCCCCUCAGGCCGCCAAGAGGCUAAAGCUGGACGCGUCCGAUCUGCUGCCAUCGCCACCGACCGCCGAUGUCCUUCACGUUCUCCUACAUGCACUUAGAGACUUAAAAGAGCACGUGUCCACAGCAGAGCUCUGCCUCCAGGCCCUCUCCAUCUCCCUCGAUGCUCUCCACACGGCCUUCCUGGCGGACCGAGCGGCCGUACUUCCCGCCGAAGAGAAGCUGCGCGUCCUGUGCGAGGUCGUCGGCGUCAGAGCGCAGAGCGGGGAGGAACUGGGCCCAGAACUCAUCCGCGAGGCUCAGAGAGACGUACAAGCUUCCCACGCGCCCUCGCGUUUCCAACCCGGCGGGAUGAAGCUCGCUGAAGCGCUGACGAUCGUAACGGAGCUCGCUCAGUUUUGGAGCGGCGGCGGGCUCCUGGCGGCGUGCGGCGGCUCCAAACCGAGCUGCUCGGCCUUUCGGCUGGAGCAAAGUGUCCAGAAGGUCCUGGUGGCUCUAAAGAAAGAGGAGGAGCCCGAGACGGACGGAGGAGAGAAGAAAGCGCUGCGAGGUCUGCUGGAGUCUCUGGCCUUCCCCGCCGCAAAGAGCCUCCCUGACGUGAGCGCGAGGGUCGCGGCGGCCAUCGUCGACCACCGCCUGGACGGCUACCAGGACGUCGCGCUGCUGUUCGCCAGCGAGAGGAGUUGGGCUGCGCGUGACGUCCUCUGGACCGACUGCCUGGAGAGGAACCAGGCGGCCUUCCAGCGGCUGGACGCUCUGCUCGAGGUGACCGCCGCCCUCCAGGACAAACUCCGGGGCGAGGGCGCCGACGUGAGCCGGUGCAGGAGGCUGAUGAAGGUCGCGGCGGACAUUUUCUCCGCCCUCUCUUUGAAAGACAAGAACGCGGCGCUGGCGGCCGCGUUGAGGCGGUCCGGCGGGGGGCUCUUCGGCGGCUCCGCCCCGUCCGCCGUGACCGCGGGGUUUGAGCAGGAGCUGAACAUGGCCUUCAACUGCAUCAUCCAAGGAGGCGGAGCCAUGCCAGCGCAGGGCAAUCUGAACACAGCCGUCUCUUUGGUCGCCAGGGUUGCUUUUCAGAACCCGGAAGCGACCUUGAGGGCUUGUUGUCAUUCGGCUGUUUUCAACAAGGGCGCUUUCUCUCUGAUGGCGAAAAUCCUGCAGCAGCUACACGGGCUGCGGGGCGGCGUAGAGGCAGAGGACGGCACCGACGGCGGUCCGGGUGGCGGCGCUCUGCUCUGCAGGUGUCUCCGAGAAACGAUCGGGACCAAAUCGCUGUCGGCCAAUGAGAAGGAGCAGCUCCUGGAGUACCUGGGCCUCCUGAUGACGGCGGUCGAGGGAGGAGGAGAAGAAGAAGAAGAGAGGCGGAGCUUUGUGACUCCUCAGGAGGUGGCGAACAUCUUCGUCCUGCCGAACAUCUCCACUUCGGGUCACAGCUCCUUGGACGUAGAACUGUGUCUGCGCCUCCUCCAGACCGCCCUGUCCGUGGACGUCCCGGAUGCGUCCUCGCGUCCCCACUGGGCGUUGGACUGCUCUCCCUUUCCCCUCCUCUACGUUCUGGCUCAGCUGCAGAACCAGACUCUCAGGUGCUGGGAGCAGCCGCCGGAGGGCGCCGUCCCCCGCUGGUCCAUGGACGCCAAGGAGCUGCUGGUGUCGGUGCUGACCACGCUGGGGCGGGUGGUGGGCGCGGAGGUGGCGGCGGCGCCGAGCCGCUGGUCCAGAGCUCUGUUCUGGCUCUACAACAAAACGGCAGAGCUGGACUGGACCGUGCGGUUCCACCUGAAGGCCGUGUGGGGGGAGCACUUCAAAAACGAGGUUCCCUCGUCCCUGCUGGCGGUGUGUGAUCUACCGGAGCAGGACUGGGUGGGCUCAGACCUGCCUCAGUAUGGACAAGGAACGGGUCUGCUGGCCUGGAUGGAGUGCUGCUCUGCGUCCGAUCACCUGCGGGCCACCAUGCUGUCCGGCCUCUCGCUGGACCAGCGGCGGCCCGACCACGUUGGCAUGUUCAGCAAAGGCCUGUUGGUGGCUCUGACCCAGACGCUGCCCUGGUGCUCCGUCUCCCAGUGGACCCGACUGCUGGGGGUCCUGAGGGAGCUGAUCGCCUCGGGCCGCCUCCACGUGCCCUUCUCCCUGGAGUACGUGGAGUACCUGCCCCUGCUGGAUCUGAGGAGCUUCUCCUGCGAGCUCCGCCUGUCCGUCCUCCUGCUCCGCGCCUUCCAGCUGCUCUGCGGGUCCAGCUGCUCCGGCUGGCUGCCGGCGGAGGGCUGGGCCCACGUCGGCAGGUUGUACGCCCACGCCGUGAGGGGGAUGAUGAGCUCGGUGAGAGCCAAGCUGACUCUUCCUUCAGCAACGUCUCCCAAGGCACCAGAGCCUUCCUGCACUUCAAUCACAGCGAGGAAACUGUCUGAAGACCUUCAGGAAACGGGGGGCUCUCCUCUGAAGUCAAAGGAGGAGGUGGAGACGGUUCCGUGCCAAGAGGUCCUGUUUGUGCUCAGCCAGCUCUUCUGUCACGUUCAGCACAUCCAGGUGAUGAUGCCCGGAGGCCAGAGCGAGCCCUUGUUCCUGUCCAGCCUGGAGGUCCUCAGCCACUACGAGGCCGUCAUGGCCGCCUUCCCGCUCAGCAGCAGCCCGCUGGAGAGCGACAACACGCGCCACUUCUUCUCCACCAUCACGGACAACCUGCAGGACCCGCAGAUGAAGGCCGUCCUGCAGCAGAAGAUCGCUCAGCUCGUGUCGGCGUGAAGAGAGGAGCGAAAGGGCCGAACCGUGACCCUCAUGUAGGAGGAGACCGGUUUGGGAUUUGAGUGAAUAAAAAGCAGAAAUGUCACCGAA